AUAAUACCGAAUUUACAAACACAUUAACAAGAUCAUCAUCAGGCCGUUGGACAAAGAAUGUUUCGAAUGCUUCCAAACCAAAGAAACCGCGUAUGAGAUGGACACAACAAGAGGACGAUCUUCUUUUAAGACUAAUAAAAACUUAUGGAAAAGAUUGGCAUAAACUUUCCGAAAUUUUAGGUAGACCGUAUUAUAACAUUUCAUAUCGAUAUAUGUGGAUAACAAGUAAAACUUGGUCACCUGAGGAAAAUGCACAUUUACAUUAUGCGAUCAAACAAAUUAUGGGUGUUAACCUUGGAAAUGAAAAAAUAAAAAUUUUUGAUAAUAAAUGGAAUUUGAUUAUGAAAAUAUUUGGUGAAAAAUUUCCCGAUAGAACUUUAGAAGAAGUUAAACAUAAUUGGAAACAAUAUGGCAUAGGUGGAAAUGUUAAUGAUACUCAUAAAAUUCGGAAUAAUUCUUCUAUUGAGAACAAUGUUGGUAAAGAACAAGUUAAUGCUGGUGUUUGGACUGAUGAUGAAAUUAUGAAGUUUGAAGUUGCGUUAGAAAAACAUUCUAAACAAUGGACUUUAUGUGAAAUUGAAGAAUGGAUGGAUUUGUGGAGAAAUAUCAGUGAGGAUGUUGGAACUAGAAGUGCAAGGCAGUGUCUGAGGUUGUAUUAUUGGAAAUAUAGUAUGCCAAGAGAUGAAGAUACCAGGAUUAAAGUUAUGGAUGAAAUUUCGAAAUAA